GGGACUGAGCAGCAGAAUCCAAUUGAGGUUUGUCAGUGUGAAAGAAUGACAACAAUCCGAUCGUCACCAUCGGUGACUUGAAAGGCAGCUUUGUGUAACACCAGGUGUGACAGUGAACUUGGGAAUUAUUUGCACUCUUUGUUGUAGUGAAUCAUGAUUUACACGAAAGGUUUGAGGAACCAACGGAGUUAAGUUUUGGUUGGCACUACUUGUAUUUUCUUCAUUGGACUGAUUCAUUUGAGAUGCAGGAAUAAUGGUUUAACUCAAUCAGUACUCAUGGCCGACCAAUACUUACUGAGGGACCAACCACAUUAGGCUGGAACAUUCAUCAUAGACAAUCUAUAGGAAGGUGAGAGACAGUGUUAACGGAUCAAGAUGGCUUCCAAGGCUGGGGAAAAGAUGAUGCUAAAGGUUUACCAACCUAAUGGGAGCUUCAACUCCGUCAAAUGCAUGGAAACUACGGAUAUAAAGAAUGUUAUCCAUGCUGUUGUGGGCAAGUUAGCGAGAGGAGAGCGUGCCUUUGAGAGUUCUUUCGCCGUACGGCUUCAGCAUACCUUAUCCGAGGAGUGCCAUUGGUUGCACCGUGACCUCACUGUUGGCCAAGUCAAGAAAAAAUAUGAAGCAUAUCACCCUGCCAUCGAAUGGAAAUAUGAGCUGCGUGUACGAUACUUGCCUAAAAACUACCACGAGCUGCUCGAGAAAGAUAAAGUUAGUUUCUUCUACUUCUAUGACCAGGUACGGUGUGAUUACAUGAAUGAGGUCGCUGAGUUGGUCGAUCAAGACAUCUCGCUCCAACUCGGCUGUCUAGAGAUGAGACGCUUCUUCAAAGACAUGCCACAGAUUGCCCUGGACAAGAAAGCCAACUUUGACUACUUAGAAAAAGAAAUUGGUCUCAAGAGAUUUAUACCUAAGAAUGUCAUUGACAAUACAAAGCCCAAGAAUCUACGCAAGCUAAUUCUACAGUACUUCAAGCAGUUUGCUAAUCUUAACGAGGAGCAGUGUGUGUUCAAGUUUUUUGAAGUACUAACGACAGUACACCGAUUCGAUCAUGAAAAAUUCAAAUGUGCACUUGGUACUGGCUGGAGUAUCUCAGUGGAGCUGGUAAUAGGGCCUGAAGAUGGGAUAUCAUGCCUCACGGACAAAGCUGCCACACCCACCAAGAUGGCCGACUUUGACCAAGUGCAGUCUGUCCAGUCUCUAAGUACAGAUAAUGAUAAGAAAGGUCUUCUACAACUCAAGAUAGCCGGAGCUAAUGAGUGUGAUGGUAACUUUCAUGUAUAUGGCCAUGCCGCUGUAGAUAUGGAUUCUGUAUAUAUCACUACGCCAUCCCCCACCAUAGCUGAGGACAUGGCUGACCUGAUUGACGGAUACUGCAGGCUUGUGCUCAACACAGAACAGUCACUAAUCAUUCGAGCGCAACAAGGCUAUUCAGAAGUCCAUAUUCCCAGAGAUAAAUCUGCCGUCAUAACUUACGCUUCCACUUUCAACGCAGUCACACGGCGUUCUGCGAAAAAGGCGAAAAAUGCCGUGCAAGACGUCAUUCAGGGAGACAGAGCACUUCCUUCAUUGCCAGGUGACAGCCGGCUUCCGUCAACCGAGGGUAGCAAUGAAGUCACCGUCAGCGGACGUAAGAAGAUCCCCACCGUCAAACCAGGUGGUCUGUCCGACGAUUAUGCCGAGAUCGUUGACGAUGAUGACUACGCAAUGCCGGCCGCCAAGGACUAUGAGAUAUCGCGUGAACUGGUCACUCUCGUCGAGACCAUCGGCCAGGGCCAGUUUGGCGACGUCCACAAAGGCAUUUAUAUAGAUCAGGAUGAGAAAGUCGAGGUUGCUGUCAAAACAUGCAAGGUUGAAAGUACUCAAGCACUAGGAGAAAGAUUCUUAGAAGAAGCAUAUAUCAUGAAACAAUUUGAUCAUCCUCACAUCAUCAAGUUAAUAGGAGUAUGUACGGAUCCACCCAUAUGGAUCGUUAUGGAGCUAGCCCCAUUUGGAGAGAUGAGGAUGUUUUUACAGACACACAAAGAGGAACUAACGUUAGCUUCACUGAUCUUGUAUGCAUACCAGUUAAGCAUGGCUCUUUCAUAUCUAGAGAGCAAGAAGUUUGUCCAUAGAGAUAUUGCAGCUAGGAAUCUCUUAGUAGUUGCUAAGGACAAUGUAAAGCUUGGUGAUUUUGGUCUUUCAAGAUUACUACAUGACCAUUCAUACUAUAAAGCUUCUAAAGGUAAAUUACCCAUCAAAUGGAUGGCUCCAGAAUCUAUCAACUUCAGGAGGUUUACCUCCGCCAGUGAUGUCUGGAUGUUUGGUGUGUGCAUGUGGGAGAUCCUGAUGUACGGGGUCAAGCCUUUCCAGGGGGUCAAAAACAAUGAGGUCAUAGGUCGUAUUGAGAACGGCGAGAGGUUACCAAUGCCCGCUGCAUGUCCACCGACGCUGUACAGCGUGAUGACGCUAUGUUGGUCGUACGAACCGUCCAAAAGACCCAACUUCAAAGACCUCAAGACAAGAUUAAAAUGGCGUUAUUGUGAGAUCUUGGAGGAGGAGAAAGAGCAAGAGGAAGCAGCCCUGAAGCAAGAGAAGAGACGGAUUCUCUCUACUUGGGGAUUCCCCGAAGAACCACCCCCAAAGCCCUCGAGACCCGGUUUCCCCACCUAUGCCUCCACGGGCAACAUCCUCGGGGACCAAUACCUUCCCUCGAACCACUACCAGAGCACACAGGCCAAGGCCCCGCCCCUUCCCAUGGCCACGCCCAACACCAACACCCUCAAGGGUCCCUAUUACAGCCCCACCCCUCGAUCCAACGUCAUGCCGGAUCUUCUCAGACCCAUGAGUAGCGAGGAGAGAACGGAACAAGAGAAGCAGAACGAGCUUGAAAGGAUCGGAGAUGCCCUUAGGAAGCAGAGAUUGGAAUCGGAGGCUGAUUCAGAAUGGCUGGCAACAAGCGCACAAACACUGAGACCUGAUGUCAGCAGAACAGAAGGAAAUAUAUUUUUACAAGAAGGACAAAAUGGCAAUAGAGAGCCUUACGGAGGAGCAAGCCAGCCGUUGUACGAAGCUUUCAACCAGAAAUCGUCCAGUGCCCCGUCGACGAUGACGACGACAUCAGCUGCCAACCAAUACUACCAGGACACCGAUGAGGUAAGAAGGGAACUUCCUCCCGAGCCGUCAGAACAAGAGAUGGCAAGUCAUCCACCUCAGCAGCCACAACCGCAGCCACUCAGUGCACAGAUUGCUCCAACGUUAGACAUGGAUCGAACAGAUGACUACGUCUUUGAGAACACAACGCAGGUUGUGAGGUCAGUGAUGGAAAUGGUCAACCUCGUACAUGCGGUCAAGUCUGACCAAUACGUCAAUCUUGUGAGGGACAUUGGUCUUGCGUUGAAGAGCUUACUCAGCAGCGUGGACACCCUGUACAGCGAUCUUCCAGGAGAGACCCAUAGAGGUAUCCAGCUGGCCCAUAAGGUCCUGAGCUCUGACAUGGGUGAACUCAUCAACGCCAUGAAGCUAGCUCAGAAAUACGCCACCACCACGCUAGACCAGGACUACAAGAGAGGAAUGAUCCAGGCCGGUCACGUCUUAGCGGUCGACGCCAAGAACCUGUUGGACGCGGUUGACACAGCCCGGCUUCAGGCUCAGGAUCUGGUUAUGGGUGGGCCCAGACAACCGGAGGAGCUGAGCUAGUUGGGUCUCGCUUACCAACCCUGUCAUGUGCCAACCCUGUCGAGGCAUCCAUCACAGUUUUCUCUUCAGUCAAGGACACUUUAUUGAACUGGAAUAUUUAUUUCUGUGAUACGCCAAGGGGAUCAUGCUUUGCUCAACUCCCAUCGACUUACAGUUUCCUUAAGAAAACCUUCAGCAUUAACUGAAAUUUAUUUAUUACCGUCAAGCAAGAGGAAGAAUGAUGAAUACAGGCAGGAGAUAUAGAAUAACAUAUUUAUUUGCUAUUAAGGCUUUUUUGAACUGCAGGAUGAUGUUGCCUUCUCUGUGACUGCUAACUGCAUUUACAGUCUGUAUAACCGCAAAUGUGGCUGAUGUGACCCUUGAGGGGUCUGUGGGUACCUUGCGUGUGUUAAGAUAAUACAGACCCUCAGGUUGAACAGAAUCAAUGCUGAUAAUGCUUCAUAGGUAAAUGUCUAGCUAGAAGACCAUUCAGAAAUUAAAUUUAUUUAUUAUUUUCUUUCUUCUGUAGGAGUGUAGUAACUGAUGGUGAGGUUAGAUCUCACUGAUCAUAGUUCCAUGACCUUCCGAAACCUUGCCCAUCAUUGCAGUCAGCAGAAUGUAGUCAGUGUAAUUUGAUUGAUGUUCAGGUGAUUUUGCUGCAUGAUUUAUUCUUUUGUAGGAUAUUUCCUUUUGCUGCAAGAAGUAGUUAUAAUCCUUAAAUUAUCUAUUGAGAUAUACGAGACAGCUUUAUUUCAGGAUUGGCACUGGUCUGUAUAGAGAGGUCAUAUUCACAGGCUCUUUACCAGUUGGAGACCGAGUUGGCUCACAUGCUGUGAGAGUCUAUGGAAAACAGGUAUUAUAGCGAAAUCAUAUUAGUCUCCAAUUGGUUGAAAUAUGCCUCUAAAAGAGCUAUCUGCAUUGCAAAAGACAAUGGGUGAUUUCAAGUGUGGUGUUGGCGUUGGUGUUGAAAUUUGGAAUGCUUCCCCUAGCUCAAAAACUUAUUCAGAAAUUGUAAAACUGAUCCAGAUCACAUUUAUUUUAUUGACAUCUUAUCAACUAGUGAGUGACAUUUCGGGAACAACUUCAUUUUAUGUUUGAUAUUAUAAUCGCGUAAAACUUGAAGUAACACCAACACCAAAAGGUCAACACUGUACUUGAAAUUACCCAUUGUAUCAAUAAUGAUAGUAACGGUAAUAGUUUUCUGACAAUGAUGAUGGUCACAGAUCUAUAGAAAAGAAUUAUUUACAUAUUCUCUGUCCCAGUUGUUAAAUGAAAAUCAUAAAAACACUGACAAAACAAUUGAACUAGGAAUUAUUUUAGAAAACCUUAUGUGUUUGCUUCUUUAAACGCUACAUUAUUUGUUUUAUUUCAGAAAUGUACAUAAUUUAAGAUUCAAUGAAUGUGCCUCUACUAUUAUCCACAUUUGCAAAAUUUGGGAAGUGUGUCACUGUGUGCAAAUGA